GUGGAAACUUGGUGCCAAAAUAGGGCUGUCACUUUUUGUAUAUAUAUGAUGAAAAAUGUCAUUGCCCCUAAGCUAAUUAUGUAUUCAAAAAGUUCAGCCAAAUGCAUUGUGGUUGUGGGUGCUCGUAGUGACGGCAGCCGUUGAAACACUAACAUAAUAGGUAGGUUUCCUAAUAAAAGCCUUCAAUGUUAGUUUAAUCAAUUUAUACUCAAAUGUGUGUCAUAAUAUACCCAACCAUUUACUUAAUUUACUACGAGCAACCCCGAAGGCAUUGGACUGCAAGUCACUAUUUAACACGGUCACUAGCUAGCUAGUUUGCUAACAGUUAGCAAGCUAACAUUUUCAUCCACUGUAAACCACGAGGUGCGGAGAUUUGUGUGUGCUCCCUCCGUGCUCUCCUCGCUGCCGCUGAAUUAAGAGACCCGCUGCUAAAGUUUAACACUCUCCUUCACCCAGGUUUCAACCUCUUUAUACGGUUUCAACGAGCGUGAGGCCACACACACGGGACGGAGCAGAGACAGGUUUCAACCUCUGUAUACGGGUUCAACAAGCGCGAGGCCACACACACACACACACACACACACACACACACACACACACACACACACACACACACACACACACAUGGGGCAGAGCAGAGAAAGAGGAUCCCUCAAGUCUUGAGCACUUGAGGCAGACAAUUGUUGAGGAAGUCAAGAAGACUGAGAUGGACCUACCCCUCAUUAAAAAGAUGAUGCACACCACAUUUGCACUGCGGCGACAGACCAUAGUGAGGACAUGCCCGGCAGUGAAUGAGCUCAUGGACCUCUGGCCUGCUCUCAAAAUGGAGUCUGAGGUGUAUGCAGAGUUCCAACGGAUUACAAACCAGAAUCUGCCCAACACGUUCUACGCUGCUUUUGACCGCCAUCUUCCUCGACUGAUGGCCAUAUUUAGACCGAAGGCGUCCAAAUCUGGGAAGACAGCUGAGGCUUUGGCUGACAUUUUAAAAAUCCAUGAUGAACAGGAAUUACACGACAUCGACACCAGGCGUACCACCGUUAUCCAUGCCCUUCCUGUGUAUCUGCAAGAGGACACCUCUGGAUUUUUCCGAACCUGCACAGAAGAGUCCGAACCAGAGCUUGGAGGUGUUGCAGUGGUCCUCCUUACCAGUGACAAUGGCACAAGUCAAGUGCAAUAUCAGCCUGUGACCAUCUCUGUUGUCAUCGAUGAUAUUGUGGUCAGCCUCCCCAGACUUGCAGAUGCAUUCCUGGUAAUGUUUGGACUAAUUUAUGCACUACACCUCAGCUAUCCCAAAGGACUGACAAACACUUUCGAGUUCACUCAGAAGGUUUUACUUGGUCUGGAAGAUGGUAAAUUGUCGCUCAAGUUGCAGACCCUCAAGAAUGACUUGCUGAUGCAUCUGUAG